UGCGCUCACUGCCUCACAAUCUGACUAUUCUACAUUCUGUGGGAUAUCGAGACACGGGACGAUCGUUUUCAAAACGUGAAACGUACGUGCUACGCUGAAGAUGGAGGACAAGGUCAGUGGAAAUACAGCUGUGGAGGCCUCUGAGAGCAAUCCCGCUCCCGCUAAGAAGGCUAGCAAGAGUAAGGCCAAGUCGCAGCAGAAGAAGGUCUCGUCGCAUCCGCCGACCGCUGAGAUGGUGACGGCGGCCAUCAGGGAUCUGAAAGAUCGCAAGGGCUCGUCCUUCCAGGCGAUCAAGAAGUACAUCGCGUCGACCUACAAGAUAGACGGCGAGAAGGUGGCGCCGUUCAUCAAGAGAUACCUGAAGACCGCUGUCUCUGCGGGCGCUGUCGUUCAGACCAAGGGCAAGGGCGCUACCGGCUCAUUCAAAUUGUCGACUGACAAGCCUAAGCCCAAAUCUUCCAAGGGCAAGGCACAACGUGCUUCGUUGGUCCACUCGGGAGCCAAGAAGGAGGCGCGAGUAGAGAAGACCACGACGGCACGCAAACCAGCUGCCGCGAAGAAACCGGCCGCCAAAAAAGCCGCACCGAAGAAGCCUGCUCAGAAGACUGCCGCCAAGGCUACCGCGAAGAAGGCCAAAGCCGCUUCUGAGCCCAAGUCACCAUCGAAGGCUAAGAAGACCGUGAAAGCGCCUGCGGCGAAAACCAAGACACCUAAGCCGAAAAAGGCGACAGCUAAGUCCGUGAAGGCUUCAGCAAAGAAAUAAUUGUUUUGUCGAAGGAUUUGCUCGCUGCAGUUACAAAUGGCCCUUUUCAGGGCCCAAAUUUCU